GCCAUGUCGCUGAGCCCCAAGCACACGACGCCCUUCUCGGUCACCGACAUCCUCAGCCCCAUGGAGGAGAGCUACAAGAAGUUCGGCGGCAUGGACGGGGCGGGCGGGCUGGGCGCGCCCCUCGGGCCGUACCGCCAGGCCUCCGUGCCCCCCGCCGCCGCCGCCGCCGCCGUGCCGCAGCACGUCCCCGCGGGCGCGGCCGCCUACCACAUGCCCCACGGCGUGUCGCAGUUCCCGCACGGCGCCGUCGGGGGCUACUGCAACGGCGGGCUGGGCAACGUGGGCGAGCUGCCCGCCUACCCCGAGGGGAUGCGGGGCGGCGCGGCGGCGGGCGGCGGCUGGUACGGGCCCGGCGGCGACCCCCGCUACUCCAGCAUCUCCAGGUUCAUGGGCCCGUCGGCGGGGAUGAACGUGGCCGGCAUGGGCGGCCUGAGCGGCAUCGCCGAGGGCGCCAAGGCCAUCGUGCCGCUGCACGCCGCGCCGCGGAGGAAGAGGAGGGUGCUCUUCUCGCAGGCGCAGGUCUACGAGCUGGAGCGGCGCUUCAAGCAGCAGAAGUACCUGUCGGCGCCCGAGCGGGAGCACCUGGCCAGCCUGAUCCACCUGACCCCCACGCAGGUGAAGAUCUGGUUCCAGAACCACCGCUACAAGAUGAAGCGCCAGGCCAAGGACAAGGCGGCCGCGCAGCAGCUGCACCCCGACGGCGGCGGCGGCGGCGGCAGCGGCGGCCUGUGCCAGCAGCAGCCCUCGCCGCGCCGCGUGGCCGUGCCGGUGCUGGUGAAGGACGGCAAACCCUGCCCGCCGCCGGGCAACGCCACCCCGGGCCCCGGGCCCGCCGCCCCCGCGGCCCCCGCUGCCGCCGCCGCCGCGCCCGCCGCGCACCCGCACCCCGGCUCGCUGGGGCAGGCGGCCGACCUGGAGGAGCUGUCGCCCAGCCCGCCGGCGCUGCACGGCCCCGUGGCUCCCCUGGCCCCCCUGGACUCGGCCGGCGUCGACUACAACGGCGGCAUGGUCAGCCCCAACCUGCUCUACGGCAGGACGUGGUAA